AUGAACGACCUAUUCCUCAUCCUCCUCUUCUGCAGUCUUGCCCACUCGUCACGAAUCACACAGCCAAAGUCCCAAUCACAACAGCAAUCAGCAAUCUCGGGCCCAUCAUCAUCAUCAUCAUCAUCAUCAAUAACCUGCCUGCACGACCAGUCAUCCGAAUUCUCCGUAACAGCCUACCCAGGCAGCUCCUGCGCCGCCGACGUCCUGAACCUGAUCGAACUCCCCCCUAAAACACCCUACCUACUCUCCUGCCCCUCAACGCCACGAAACACCAAAUGCUUCCCCAUCACCGAGACGAUAUCCACAUCACCGGACCCCGCCCACGCGCCACCCCAAUGGCAAGACCUUUCCGAACAAAGCGCCCUCUCGGAAUGGCAGAGGUUGGAACUACGCAGCAGGACAUCACCGUCGUCGCGUCAUCGGCGCUCGCUGUCAUCGUCUUCGCCGACGACCAUCAGUUACAAAGCCAGGAGCGUGAGUCUGGUCUGGCCGGACGAAAUGACCCACGUCGUGUUUUACGUCGACGACGGGUGCGAGUACCUGGAUGGUUGGCGGCAGGGGGGGUUGGCGCACGUGGAGAGGGGGGACGGCGUGAGGGAGCAGUGUGUGAUGAUCGGGGAACGAGGGGGUUGGGGCAGUGUGGAGUUUAUGAGGGAGGAGGAGUGGGAGAGGUGGAGCGACGGGAAUGCGUGA